CUUCUCCGACUCGGAGAAAGCUCGGAAAUCCCAGCGAGUCGCCGGCUUUUCGCCUCUCCUCUGAUCCUCCCACCAAGUGCUCCCCACCCGAGAGCUCAAGAUUCCACCUCCACUGUCGCGACCGAUCGCGACGACGGCGCCGGCCGAGCAGACACCGCCGCCACGAUGCCGCCCUCCACCGGCUCCGUCCCACCGGCACCCGCCGCGCCGGCGCCGGGGGACGAGGCCGCCGGGAGGGUACUCCUCGGGAGGUACGAGCUCGGGGCCCUUCUUGGCCGCGGCGCGUCCGCCAAGGUGUACCUCGCCCGCGACCUCCUCACCGCCCGCGACGUCGCCAUCAAGUCGUUCCCCAACCCCCGCGGCGUCGGCGGCGGCGAGGAUCCCCGCCCUGCGCCCAUCGAGCGGGAGGCGGCCAUUCUCCGCCAGCUGCGCCACCGCCACGUGGUGCGCCUCCGCGAGAUUCUGGCCACCCGCAAGAAGGUCCACUUCGUUCUUGACCUCGCCGCCGGCGGCGAGCUGUUCUCCCUGCUCGACGCCUCCGGCCGCAUGACUGAGGACCUCGCCCGCCACUACUUCCGGCAGCUCAUCUCCGCCGUCCGGUACUGCCACUCCCGUGGCGUGUACCACCGCGACAUCAAGCCGGAGAACCUCCUCAUCGACGGCGCCGGGGACCUAAAGGUCGCCGACUUCGGCCUCGGCGCCGUCGCGGACGGCAGCCUCCACCACACCCUCUGCGGCACGCCGGCCUACGUGGCGCCGGAGAUCCUCUCGAGGAAGGGGUACCACCCGGCGAAGGUGGACAUCUGGUCCUGCGGCGUGGUGCUGUUCGUGCUCGCCGCCGGGUACCUCCCCUUCAACGACGCCAGCCUGGUCAACAUGUACCGCAAGAUCUACGCCGGCAAGUUCCGGUGCCCGAGCUGGUUCUCGCCGGAGCUCCGGUGCCUUGUGCGCCGCAUCCUGGACCCCAACCCGGCGACCCGCAUUGACACGGAGGAGAUCAUCAACCACCCAUGGUUCCGGCAGGACGCGAGCCGGGGCGCCAUGGCGCAGCUGAUGUACGGCCACGACGAGGAGGCGAGGUUCAAGACCGAAUUCAAGGAGGACAUGGCCCGGGACAUGACGGCGUUCGACAUACUGGCCUGCUCCCCAGGCUCCGACCUCUCGGGGCUGUUCGGCGCCGAGCCGGGGACCGAGCGCGUGUUCGUCGGCGAGCCGUCGGCGGCCGUGCUAGGCCGAGUCGAGGAGGCCGGGAAGAAGGAAGGGCACCUCGUAACGAGGGAAGGCAAGAAGGGCACCGGGCCGGUGUACGUGAAGGCCGAGAGCGGCGGCAUUGUCGCGAAGGUGUGCGUCUUCAAGAUCGCCGACGCGGUGUCGCUCGUCGAGGUCGUGAAAGGCGGCGGCGCCGAGGCGUCCCGGUUCUGGAAGCACAGGCUCGAGCCGGCCGUGAGGCCUCCGGCAGCAAGCUGAGCUGCCGAGGGUGAGCUGGAUUUGUAAAUGGUGAUCACCGCCGGGCGCCGGCGUCGGCAGCAAGCUGAGCUCAGCUUUGUUCUGUGCGUGAGUGAGUGAUGUUUUCCCGUGCGCGGUGGCCGUCGGCCGGAGAAUUCUUGGGGUUGUUGUGUUCAUGGUGGUGCCGGUCAUGGCGUGCCGUCGUCGUGCUAUGCUAUGUAAGGUCGAUCUGCUGCCGUCUGGCGUGAAAAAUAAGAAGAAGCUGAAAAUUCCUUCUCA